GCAAGAGACGCAACAGGAGCUGGUUAACCUGUCGCGUAAGCUGCUGCUAUUCCUGGACAAAUGACGAUUUUACGACUUCUUAUGAAGAACUUGCGUUAUUAACAACAGGAACAAUUUAUAUUUUACUUCAAAAUGUCAGGACAAACACUCCGGUGUCAACAUUUACCGCUAGAAACUGUAGCUAGUUAGCCUAACUAAUAAGUGCUCUACUGAUUAGCUAAUGAUUUCAGCAGCUACAUAAAUCUUUCUUUGGUUGUGUUACAAAUUAACUGUGUUUUUUGUUUGUUUUGUUUUGUUUUUUACGAAAACCACUUAAAGCGUUCGGGGAAAAUGGCAAAUAAUGUGUUGGACGUCGGUACGGGUGUUAUUGUCAUCGCCGUUGUGUGGAUUGCGGCGCUCCUAUUUGGGAUGAUGUUGCUUAGAACAUCCGCUAAGUUAACGGUUAUCCCAGUGUUCCUCUUGGCCCUCAUCAUCACUCUUACACUGGUGUUCUUCCCUCGCAGCCCAGAGACCCCCCCUCCUUUCAAGGAGAUAGAGAUAGUGGACACUUUGUUCAUCGGUCGCUACGUGCUGCUGGCGAUAGUGAGCGUAACCUUCCUGGUCGCGCUCUUCAUGCUGAUCCCCUUUCAUUUCCUGGAGCCCAUCUAUGCCAAGGACCUAAAAACACACUGAGGUGCCAGGGUCAGAGUUGGCACCGGUAUCACACAGAUGAUGCACACAACUUAAGACAAGCAGGAAAACCAAGCGGCCCCCCACCCCUUCAUGUGGAAGUGGACUACAGAAUGGAUCGCACACAAAAACAGCAGGGGAGCCAAUGUGUUGUUUAUGGCCAACUGUUUGUUAGUUGUUCAUUUGUUUAUGCACAACUAACACACAGACGACAGAUCCAACAGCACUGAUUUUGUUUACUGAUAUUUGAUGUGAUUUGUCACAUAAGGCGAAUGCAUUUUUACAUUUUUACAGAAAAUCCUGCUCAACCCUGGAGGACAGUCUUCACCUUUUUGUAAUAAAAUAAAUAGUUACACUGCUGUAUUGAUUUUUUUUCUUGUGGUAAAGGUUAGUAACAAAUACAUGAUACUCAAUUAACUUGGAGUGACCUACUGCACUAAAAGUGGAGGCUGAUCAUUAAAAUUCUGGAUGUGCAGUAUGUACUUUUCCAUUUACAACUGUCUGCAGUAGUUGUAGCUCCUUAGCUCCACUAAUCUCUUUUUUUUUUGGACUGAGUUACAACAUUUGCAGGGGGAAAAAAAAAAAAAAAAAUCCAUCUUCUUAUUUUAAAUGGCCAAUGUCAACUCUUCACAUUUCAAACACAUCCUCUCAUCUCAUUGAGCUGAGCAGGUGAUAUUCAUGUCACUGAUAAUGUUCUCAAGUCUCAUGUUUGUCAUUAUAAUUUAGAUUUUAGGACAGUUUUUCAUACACAGUACAGUAGUACUUAUUCAAGCAAGUCAGAUAGCAAGAAAAUAACUGCAAAGUGUGGGACCUGCACAGUAAGACAAUUAUUUCCUGCAUAUUCCAAGAGAAAAGUCUGGAUCUCCAUCAUUUACAGUCAUGGCCAAAUGUUUUGGCAGUGAUACAAAUUAAUAAUUUACUUAAAUAUGGUUUAUUUGCCAGUAAACAUCUUUGGAACUAGAAAU